AUGGAAUCCAAUCAAAAGGACAUCGAAUUAAGCCCGGUAAACUCUAGCCCGGACAAUAGUAGAUUGGCAAGAGAAAAGUUUAUCACGCCGGCAAACGACGAAGAGGAUGUGAUUAUCGGUCGAUUUAGAAAAAUUAGUUCAGCCAAAUCUAUGGCAGCCACCAAUGGUAACAUUCAAUAUCCUUCCGAGAUUAUUAGGAACGAUGCCGAUAUCGAGGCCGGGUUACAGUUCAAAGUUAAAGAAUGCGAAAAGGAGCGGUUGUUGCCUGAAGGCUCGGAUGGCAACGUGGUUGUUGUCCCCAAGUCGCCGGUCACGAAGAGCAGCUUUCGAGACAUGGAGAAACCUUCACGAUUCAAGGAUCAACCGUCCACAACCAGAUUUCAGAUGGAAAAUCCUGACCCUCGUUCAGAUUCUGAUAGUUCAGGCAUGGAGAGUGACGACCCUUUGACGACCUCUGACACGAAGUACGGAAAGAGUUUCAGACACUUCACCCGCGAGGCUCUACCUAGGCUGGACAACUACAGGAAUGUCCUGUCACUGCACGCGGCUCCUAGACCCACCCUGGAUGAGCUUCAUAAUGCAUCGCUAUCAAGGAAGGUAUGUAACGAUUUAUCCGACUGUGGCCAGCCAGGUCAGACCUUGGAGAAGGACCAGGCUACAGUGGCCAUACCAACUACGUCCGUCAAGUUCGGUUGGAUCAAAGGUGUUCUUAUGAGAUGUCUUCUCAAUAUCUGGGGUGUGAUGCUGUUCUUGCGGCUAUCCUGGGUCGUUGGGCAGGCCGGGAUUGCGCAGGCAUCGCUGUUGAUACUGACCACCAGCGUGGUGACCACAAUCACCGCCCUCUCGAUGUCCGCUAUCAGCACCAACGGAGUCAUUAAAGGAGGUGGUACAUACUACAUGAUCUCUCGCUCGCUGGGCCCGGAGUUCGGUGGUUCCAUCGGCCUCAUAUUUUCUAUGGCCAACGCUGUGGCCUGCGCCAUGUACGUGGUGGGCUUCGCGGAGUCACUCAUCACACUCAUACCAGAAACUGCCUAUAUGGUCGACAAGAAUUGGGACCAGGCUAUCUACGGCUGCAUCACGAUCGUGUUACUCACGGGUAUAGUGAUGGUUGGUAUGGAGUGGGAGGCGAAGGCUCAGAUUGUGUUGCUGGUCGUACUACUGGCAGCUAUAGCGGACUUCUGUGUGGGCUCCAUCAUUGGGCCUAAGAGCGAGGAAGAGGUCGCGCAGGGGUUCAUCGGAUAUAACUGGACAGUCAUGUUGAGUAACAUGGGUCCAGACUACAGAUAUUUCGAGGGUCAGCAUCACAACUUCUUCUCCGUGUUCUCGAUAUUCUUCCCCGCAGCCACCGGUAUACUCGCGGGGGCCAACAUAUCGGGUGACUUGAAGGACCCACAGAAAUCAAUUCCUAAAGGUACCCUACUAGCUAUUCUCCUCACGACUCUGUCGUACCUAUUGAUCGCGGUGGUGGCGGGCGCCUGUGUAGUAAGAGACGCCUCAGGAAACCUUCAAGACGUGAUUGAGGGGACCCUCGGCCUGUGUAGAGACAACGGCACCUGUAGAUACGGCCUACAUCAUAGUAAUGAUGUAAUAAGGUUGGUGUCAGCGUUCGGGCCCCUCAUAUACGGCGGUUGUUUCGCGGCCACCCUGUCCUCGGCGCUCGCUUCCUUGGUCUCCGCGCCGAAGGUGUUCCAGGCUCUGUGCCAGGACAAGCUGUACCCGUGGUUGGAGUUCUUCGCCAAGGGUUACGGCUCCAAUAACGAGCCGGUCAGGGGCUACGUGCUCACCUUCGUCAUAGCGCUGGCCUUCAUACUCAUGGGCGGGUUGAACCAGAUCGCCCCCCUGAUCUCCAACUUCUUCCUGGCAGCCUACGCCCUCAUCAACUUCGCCACGUUCCACGCGAGCCUCGCGCGCCCCGUGGGAUGGAGACCUACCUUCAGAUUAUACAACAUGUGGUUGUCGCUGGCGGGGUCGCUGGUGUGCGCGGCCAUCAUGUUCGUUGUGUCGUGGUUCAACGCGCUCUUGACGCUGGCAGCCCUGCUGGCCCUCUAUCUGCUGGUGUCGUAUCGCAAGCCAGACGUGAACUGGGGCUCGACCACCCAGGCCCAGAGGUACAAGGCGGCGCUGUCCGGAGUACACCAGCUGAACGCGGUCAGCGAACACGUCAAGAACUACAGGCCUCAGAUCUUAGUACUGACAGGUUUCCCCGGGGAGAGGUCCGUGCUCACGGACUUCACGUAUCUCCUUACUAAAGGGCUGUCGCUCAUGCUCUGUGGACACAUCAUACAGAGCUCCAUCAACCACCGCACGCGCGAGGCGCUGUCGUCGCGCGCCUACCAGUGGUUCAGUAAACGGAACAUGAAGGCCUUCUACAGCAUCGUGGACGGCGCCAGCUUCAAGGACGGGGCCGGCGCGCUGCUGCAGGCGAGUGGUCUGGGCAAGUUGAAGCCGAAUAUUCUGCUGAUGGGCUUCAAGGAGGACUGGCAGACCUGCCCGCGACAGGAACUGGCCGACUACAUCGAUGUUAUGCAUAAAGCGCUCGACGUCCACAUGGGUUUGUCUCUGCUGCGUGUGUCGGGAGGGCUGUACAGCUGUGACACGCUCGACGAAGAUCUGUUAGCGUGUCUGCAGCCCGCACAGGCAGAGACGACCCUGGCGCCGUCGAUGGGCGACGGGCACAAGAAGUCCUCCGAGACGCUGAACUCUCAGUCUAGAGUGAGCAGCGUGUCGGACGUGUCGUCGGGCGGGGCGGGGCGAGGCGGGGCGUGUCCCACUCCCGAGCGCUUCCCGCGGCUGGCGGGCGGUGUGGACGUGUGGUGGCUGUACGACGACGGAGGCCUGACGCUGCUGCUGCCAUACAUCCUGUCGACCAGGCGGGCUUGGGCCUCCUGCCCGCUGAGGGUGUUCACGCUGGCCAACAACCACGCGGAGAUGGAGAUAGAGGAACGGAACAUGGCGUCCCUGCUGUCCAAGUUCCGUAUCGACUACUCGUCGCUGAAGAUGAUCCCGGACGUAUCCCGGCGGCCGCGGGACUCCACGCUCGCCUACUUCAACAAGCUCAUAGAACCCUUUACCACUAGGGACGACUCGGACGACAGCUUCGGCAUCUCCCCGUCGGAGCUCCGCGCGGCCGAGUCCCGUACACACCGCUACCUGCGCGUGCGCGAGCUCAUAAGCAGUCAGUCGUCUGGCAGCCGGCUGGUGUGUGUGACGCAGCCCAUGCCUCGCCGCCGUGGCCUGCCGCCCGCGCUGUACGCCGCCUGGCUGCACGCACUCGCCACAGCCGCAGACCGAGUGCUGCUUGUGAGAGGGAACCACUCCUCCGUACUCACCUUCUACUCUUAG